ACACGCGGACACGUCAGCCGCUCUAGCGCCCUAGCGCUCUAGCGCAUUCCCGUUACCUGGGAUACCGGCGGAAGUAGCGGAUAGACUUCCUGAUAUUGUGACCUUAACCUUGCAUGUGCACAGCGGAGGGUUCCCUGCCCGAUCAUGUCUCUGGUUACUGACGCCUUUGUGUCGCAGAUAGCAGCUGUAGAACCAUGGCCAGAAAAUGCCGCCCUUUAUCAGCCAUUGAAAAGUGAACAGGUUUUGCUGUCUGACAAUGCAUCUUGUCUCGCUGUCCAGGCCUUCUUACAAAUGUGCAAUCUGCCAGUCCAGGUGGUUUGUAGGGCAAACGCUGAAUAUAUGUCUCCAUCUGGCAAAGUUCCUUUUAUCCAUGUUGGGAAUCAAGUAAUAUCAGAACUGGGACCAAUAGUCCAAUUUGUGAAAGCCAAGGGCCAUUCACUCAGUGACGGGUUGGAUGAAGUCCAGAGGGCAGAGAUGAAAGCGUACAUGGAACUGGUUAAUAAUAAGCUUCUGACAGCAGAGUUGUAUAUUCAGUGGUGUGAUGAAGCUACACUAGAAGAGAUCACUGAGCCUCGGUACAGUUCCCCGUACUCGUGGCCGCUCAACAAUAUACUAGUUCUGCAAAAGAAAUGGGAAAUUAAGAGAAAAAUGAAAGCCAUUGGCUGGGCUGGAAAGAACGUGGAACAGGUGUAUGAAGACGUAGAUCAGUGCUGUCAGGCCCUGUCACAGAGGUUAGGAACCCAGCCGUAUUUCUUCAAUAAACAACCCACUGAGCUGGACGCUCUGGUAUUCGGACAUCUGUUCACAAUUCUCACCACUCAACUUACCAACGACGAACUCCGUGAAAAAGUGAAACAUUACAGCAAUCUCGUUUCCUUUUGCCGAAGGAUUGAACAGAGUUAUUUCGAAGAGCACGAUAGAGACAGUUCAUCCAGCUUCUCUACACGGUUAUCCAAAGGUCCAGCACUACCCUAGGAUCUACUCAAUUUAAUAUUUGGUUAUUAUGUUUGGGAAACCUGGGAAUGGGAUUUGAAAUAUGUCAACAUUGACUAUAGAUACAACAGAUAACCCUUUAAAUUGCACAAAAAGCAACCACAGAGUCCAACUGUAUCUGCAUUAUAAUAAAUCUAAGACAACUGCA